UUAUGAUUGCAUUUUCCAUGUUCAUUGUCUCUAUAGUUCAAACCAUCUUUUUGCACCAAUAUUUCUACAUCUCCUAUAGCAUGGGCUCCAAAUUCAAAACAUCACUAACUGGUGUCAUUUACAAGAAAUCCCUAAAAUUAUCGAAUCAAGCAAGAAUCUCAAAAUCUACUGGUGACAUUGUCAAUUUAAUGUCUGUAGAUUCUCAAAGAUUACAAGACAUCAACGAAUACGGCCAAUUGAUUUGGUCUGGUCCUUACCAAAUCAUCUUGUGCUUAAUUUCUCUUAGAAGUAUUUUAGGAAACUCAAUGUGGGUUGGUUUCCUUGUCAUGUUACUCUUAAUUCCCUUUAACUCAUACAUUGUUAAAAUCUUGAAAAAUUUCCAAAUAUCCCAAAUGAAAACAAAAGACAAAAGAGUCAGACUAGUCAAUGAAAUGCUAAAUAAUAUUAAAUCUCUUAAACUAUAUGGCUGGGAAAAUCCCUACAAGAAAAAGUUAUUUUAUAUUAGAAAUGAUCAAGAACUAGCCAAUUUAAAGAAAAUCAGUGUAUAUAGAGCUAUCAACCUAUUCAUGUGGAAUUGUGCUCCUUUCUUGGUCUCAUGUUCAACUUUUGCUGUUUUUGUAUAUACUUCACAUGGUGCUCCAUUGACUACUGACAUAGUUUUCCCUGCUUUAUCUUUAUUCAACUUGUUAGGUUUCCCAUUAAGUAUUCUUCCAAUGGUUCUUAAUGCCUAUGUUGAGGCCUCGGUUUCAACAAAAAGAUUGGUUUCCUUUUUAAUCUCCGAAGAAUUGCAACCUGAUUCCGUAACAAGAAAACCAAAAGCUAAUAAACUUGGUGAUACUUCUGUUAAAGUUGAAAAUGCUACUUUCUUGUGGCAAAAAACACCAGAAUAUAAAGUAGCUUUAUCAAAUCUUAAUUUUAUUGCUAGAAAGGGUGACUUGCAUUGUAUUGUUGGUAAAGUUGGUUCUGGUAAAUCUUCUUUCUUGCAAUGCUUGUUAGGUGAUAUCUAUAAAUUAAAAGGUUCAGUAGAACUUCAUGGAAAGGUUGCUUAUGUUCCACAAGUUUCUUGGAUCAUGAAUGGUACUGUUAAAGAAAAUAUUCUUUUUGGACACAGAUAUGACAAAGACUUUUACAAUAAAGUUAUUCGUGCUUGUGAUCUAAGCUCGGAUCUUGCUAUAUUACCAGAUGGUGAUUUAACCGAAGUAGGUGAAAAGGGUAUUUCUUUAUCUGGUGGCCAAAAGGCUAGAUUAUCGUUAGCCAGAUCUGUCUAUUCAAGAGCAGAUAUUUAUUUACUAGAUGAUCCUUUAUCUGCCGUUGAUGAACAUGUUGGUAAACAUUUAAUUGAUAAUGUUUUAGGUCCCAAUGGUUUAUUGAGACACAAAUGCAAAGUUUUGGCUACUAAUUCAAUUAAUGUUCUCAGUUUAUCGAGCAACAUUACCAUGUUGCAAGAUGGGGAAGUUGUUGAGAAAGGAACUUAUAAUGAAAUUACAAAGAAGGAUUCUUCAUUAUUAGCAAAAUUGAUCAAGGAAUUUGGAAAAAAAUCUAAAAAAGACGAAAAAAUUGAAAUCGAACCUGCAGAUCUUGAUUCAUCUGCUACAGCCAUACAUUCUUCUAGUGUUGAAACUGAUGUAAGUGUAGAUGAGACUGUUGUUGGAUCCAAAAAUGUUACUGAUAAUGUUAGUGUUCUCAAUAGAGAAUCUUCUUUUAAUAGUAGCAAUGACUCAAAUGACGCAAUUAGUAUUAUUUCAAAAGAUAUUGAUGGAACAAUGAGUCUAAGACGUGCAAGCACUGCUAGUUUCAAUUAUCAAGAACAAAAUACUCCAGGCCCUUCUGAUGUUGAUCAACAAGUUGUGAAUAUUAGAGAGGAACAGCGUCAAACAGGAAAAGUCAAAUGGAGCAUCUAUAUUGAAUACGCUAAAGCUUGUAAUCCAGCUGGUGUUAUUUAUGUGUUGUUCUUCUUGGUAUCUUCAAUGGCUUUAAGUGUUGCUGGUAAUUAUUGGUUGAAAUACUGGGCAGAAGUUAACUCCAAAUAUGGAUACAAUCCUAAUGUAGGGAAAUAUUUGGCGGUUUAUAUUGCUUUGGGAAUUGGUUCUUCUUUAUUCACCUUUGUUCAAACCUGGACCAUGUGGGUUGUCUGUAUUAUUACUGGUGCUAAAGUGUUGCACAAUAAGAUGGUUGAUUCUGUUUUCAGAGCACCAAUGUCAUUUUUUGAAACCACACCUGUUGGAAGGAUUUUGAACAGAUUUUCGAGUGAUAUCGAUAAAAUUGAUAUGUUUCUUGGUAGAGUUUUCCAGUCAUUUUUUACAAAUUUUGUGAAAAUUUUAUUUACUUUGUUUGUUAUUUGCUCCACCACUUGGCAAUUUAUAUUUCUUAUUGUUCCAUUAUUAUUCCUUUAUUAUUAUUAUCAACAAUUCUAUGUCAAGACUUCAAGAGAAUUGAAAAGAAUCGAGUCUAUCUCCAAGUCUCCAAUUUUUGCUCAUUUUCAAGAAACACUUGGUGGUACAAGCACUAUUAGAGGAUAUGGUCAGCAAAAUCGUUUUAUUUAUUUGAAUGAAAAUAAAAUCGAUCAAAAUAUGAAAGCAUACUUUUCCACUUACAAUGCAAAUCGUUGGUUAGCGGUUCGAUUGGAGUUUUUGGGUUCUUUGAUUAUUUUUGGCUCUGCUGCUCUUUGUGUUUUUGCAUUAAAAACUGGCCAUAUGACAUCUGGUUUACUUGGUAUCUCUGUAACUUAUGCAUUACAGGUGACUGGUUCAUUAAAUUGGAUGGUAAGAAUGACUGUUGAUAUUGAAACCAACAUUGUUUCGGUUGAAAGAGUCAAAGAAUAUGGAGAAUUACCAAGUGAGGCUCCUGAGAUUAUUCCAAAUAAUAGACCAAAUUCAGAAUGGCCAAGUAACGGAAGCCUUGAAUUUGUUAAUUAUUCAACUAGAUAUAGACAGGAUUUAGAAUUAGUAUUGAAAGAUAUUAAUUUAAAAGUCAAAGCUGGCGAGAAAGUUGGUAUUGUUGGAAGAACUGGAGCAGGUAAAUCGUCAUUAUCUCUUGCUUUGUUUAGAAUUAUUGAAAAGGCUGAUUCCAAGAGUAAUAUAAUUAUUGAUGAUAUCUCUGUUCCUAACAUUGGAUUGGCUGAUUUGCGCCAUAAACUAUCGAUUAUUCCACAAGAUGCUCAAGUUUUUGAGGGCACAGUAAGAGAAAAUUUGGAUCCUACAGGAAGAUUUUCAGAUGAAAAAAUAUGGAAAGCAUUAGAAUUGUCACAUUUGAAAGAGCAUAUUUUGAGUAUGAGUGAUUCAAAUGAGGGAUUGAGUGUGAAAUUGACAGAAGGUGGAAGUAAUUUAUCAGUCGGACAACGUCAAUUGGUUUGUUUAGCUCGUGCUUUAUUGAUUCCAUCAAAAAUAUUGGUUUUAGAUGAGGCUACAGCAGCAGUAGACGUUGAAACAGAUAAAAUUGUCCAAAAGACUAUAAGAAAGGAGUUUUCAGACCGAACAAUCUUAACCAUUGCACAUCGAUUAAACACAAUUAUGGAUAGUGACAGAAUUGUGUCUCUUGACCAAGGAAGAAUAAAGGAGUUUGAUAGUCCUGAAAACCUUUUAAAGGAUAAGGAUUCAAUUUUCUACUCAUUGUGUAAACAGGGUGGAUUUAUACAUGAUGAAGAGAGUAAAUGAACAUGGAAACAUGUCAAAG